AAAUGAAGGCCAUCAUUUCCAAUGAUUGUGUGAUUGCCAUUGGUACAGUACUAGCAAAAUGUCAGAAUUUUUCUAAACAAAUGAAAGAUGAGUGUAGUUUUGUGAGUCUACGUGAUGUUGAUCGAGCUCUUGUAUUGUUUAUAUAUUUUUUGGAGAUAUUUACUGAUGUAUUUCAAAUUAAUGGUCAUGAUAAUUUGGACAAAAUUACUCAAUCAUUAUUACUGGCUCUUAGUGUAGCAUAUUUGGCACGAAUGGCUUCACGUGAUGAUUUUAUGACUGAAGUUUUAAAUUGCAUAAGUUUACCACUUCACCCUGUUAGUUUAACAGAGUAUAAAAGCAUUAUUAAAAAGUAUCAAGAAGAGUUAUUAGAUUGUAUGGAAAUUGAAAAUAAUAUAGCGAAAAAUGCUGCUCUAAGGGAGAACAUAUUUAUGAUGUUUGUGUGUAUUGAAUUGCGUAUUCCACUGUUUCUGGUUGGGAAACCCGGGAGCUCUAAAUCACUAGCUAAAGCAAUCAUUGAAAAUUCAUUGAAGGGAAAAAACUCUAAAAAGGAAACUAUGAAACUUUUUAAACAAAUCCAUCUUCAUUCCCACCAAUGCAGUGGCCUAUCAACUCCUGCUAGUAUUACUGAAGUAUUCAUGAGUGCCAGAAACUUUCAGGAAAAAAGAGAUACAACGGCAUUUGUCUCAGUAGUUGUAUUGGAUGAAGUUGGUUUAGCUGAGGCAUCACCUUACCUCCCAUUAAAGGCAUUGCAUCCAUUGCUUGAAGAUGGAACUGAUGGGUCCGGAAGUGAUGAUCAACGUAUUGCCAGAGAAAAAAGAGUGGCAUUUAUUGGUAUAUCAAACUGGGCUCUUGAUCCUGCCAAGAUGAACAGAGGAAUCAUGGUAACACGUACUGAGCCAAGCAUUCAAGAUCUUAAAGAGAGUGCAAUUGGCAUAUGCUCUGAUAAAGGGAGCAAUGAUCCAGUACUUAAAAGGCUAAAUACUUAUUUUACUGAACUUGCAAGUGCAUAUAAAAGUAUAUGUGAUCUUCAAAAAAGAGAAUUCUUUGGACUUCGAGACUUUUACAGUCUUAUUAAAAUGCUCUACUGGAUGAGUGAAGAGACUGGUUCUAUACUGACAAGACCACAACUUGAACAUGCUGUGAGACGUAACUUUAGUGGCUUUGAUGAGUUUGAUACUGUUGCUAAAUUUCAAUUACAGGAACUGAAAAAUAAUGAAUUGAAAAUUGUACAAAAUUUCCCAUGUCAGUUUAAACAAUUCAAAAAUAAAGAUGUUGUAGUGCUACAAUGUUUUUUAACUGGACAAUUCGUGUCUAUUAAUGAAAAUGAUCAGGUUGUAUUUACAACCAAUCACUAA